AUGGUAGCCAUACUCCUUGGCAUAUUAGUAUUUAUAGUCGCCAUUAUUGUUUGGCUGCAUCCAAAGGAUAAUCGAAAUAAAGUUCCACCAGGUCCGAAGGCAUUGCCACUCAUCGGUAACCUCCACAUGCUACGAAAACAACCACACCGCACCCUCCAAGCCCUCGCCGCGAAAUACGGACCCAUAAUGUUCUUGAAGCUAGGGCAAGUUCCAACUGUCGUUGUUUCUUCUCCAGAAGCUGCUGAGCUCUUUCUCAAGACCCAUGACCUAGAUUUUGCAAACAGGCCUAAAUUUCAGGUCACUAAACUCGUGAGUUAUGGCAGUAAGGGCAUUGGGAUGUCACAGUACGGUUGGUAUUGGCGGCACGUGAGGAAGUUGUGCACAUUGCAACUUUUGAGUGGAUCAAAAGUUGAGAUGUAUGGUCCUUUAAGGAGGAAAGAGUUGGGAAUGUUGGUGAAGUCUUUAUGCAAUGCUUCUGCGUCGGGUGAGGUUUUGAAUCUUAGUGUGAUGCUGAAGGAGUUUGCUGAGAAUAUCACUUACAAUAUGGUAUUCGGUCGAAGCCAUGACAAUAAUAGGUUCAACUUAGAGGCCCUUGUUGACUUAGUCGGUUCUGCUGGUGCUUUCAAUAUUGCGGAUUAUGUGCCUAUCCUUGGCAUCUUUGAUUUUCAGGGAAUAAGAAAGAAAGUAAAUAAAUUAAGAAAGCCAAUUAACGAGGCACUGGAGCAUAUUAUUGAAGAUCAUCAGAAUACCAACUACGAUGAUGAUGAUAAUAGUCCACAGAAAAAGGAUUUUGUUGACAUAUUGCUAUCAUUUUUGGAUCAACCCAUGGAUCCUGAUGAAGAACAACACAAACACCAUAUGAAACAUCAACUUCGGCAAUUGAAUGGGUCAUGUCAGAGCUACUAA